AACUCUCAUUCUCGCUUGCCUACCCCUAAGUAAUAAUGUUCGGUUUCCUCAGAAAUAACAGAGCAGGAUCUUCACGCACCUGUCUGUCCCAGGCUCCUCCUCAAUGGUCUGCUGCUCCUGAAGUUCCAUACGAAUAUGGCUUAUACAACGAGGCUUCCGAACAGGAAUACGAUGAUGCGGAAGAUUUUUGUAAUAAAUAUCCUGUACAGCUGCCUAGAAUUCUGCCCUCUUAUGUCGUCGAAAAGAUCAGCAACAACGGCUGCCGAUCUUGGGGCAUAGAAAUGCCUCCUCCUGGAUCUAGAUUCUCUGGUACAAUCCACAACAUCGACACCAAACCAGACUCCAAAACUCCCCCGAUUGUCAGAGUACGCACCGACAGGAAUUGUCGUGAUUACUGCCUCCUCAGUGACCUUCCUGUGAUGGCUGGACUGUACGAAACUCCUGGAAAAGUGGGCUUCUACUAUGAAAUCCUUAUCCACCGGAUGGACGGGUUUCUUGCCAUCGGCACUGCAUGUCAGCCUUAUCCGACAUGGCGGCUACCAGGCUGGAACCGUCUAAGUGCAGGCCUACACCUGGACGACUUCAGGAAGUUUUUCGAAGACCCGAGUGGUGGCCGUGACUAUACCAAUGCCCUACAACGCAUCUCGUCUGGAGAUACGAUAGGGUGUGGCUUCGAGUUUCAGACCGGGUCCCUAUUCUAUACAUACAACGGUAUUCGUCUCCCAAAUGCGUUCACUGGCAUCUACCUUCCCCGCCACAAUCACGAUGUAUAUGCGGCUAUCGGCGUGGAGGGGUUGUGCGAUUUCGACGUGAACUUCGGCGGCGAGCUGGUCAAAUGGCCCGAAGGGAACGAGUGGCAAUGGAAGCUCGACGGGAUUAUUAGGAGACUUGGAUAUCCAUGUAGCGGAAAUAGUUUUGACGAGGAAUUACCCUCUUACAGCCGGACGUAACCUAGCAAUCGAGCUCGAAUUACCAAGUGUUCUUCGUAUUGAGUGCAGAGCCCGUACAUCAA